CGACGAACCGCUCCGCUCCAGACGCCCUUACUCGAGAUACCACCAAUGGCCGACCGAGCAGAGGCCGCCGCUGCUGCAGGAGACCGCGAGCGUCUCCAGAACAUCUUCCUCGACGCGGCGCGCGUGCUGAUGCUCUUCGGCGCCGUCGCCACCGUCGGAACCACCUCCGCCGACCCCAUGGAGGCGUUCGUUGGCCUUCUCCUUUGGAUGCUCGGCGUGUGCCUCCUGUCCCUGGUGCCAGCGGCAGGACGUUUCCCGCGUGCUGCACUGGCCGCCGCCGCCAUGGCCAUCACCAUCCUGAAGCACUUGUUCGCCCUACAGAACUAGCUCGACCCCGUGCCCUGUAGUUGCGGAUGGUGCAGCUGAGGUACUCAUGGCUCUUGAUUAUAUAUUAUAUAUGCUUUGCCUAGUGAAUAAGGAGGAUCGACUUUCUUGCUAAUUGCUAUGGGUUUUCCGCUUUUCUGUUUCUUUGCUGUAGUUUGUUUUAGAGAGUCUGCUGCUGAGUUUACUCUCGAACAGAGUCUCUGUUUAUCUUCUUCCUCUGUUUCCGAGGAAAUGUUGUAUAGUACGUAAUUGUAGUGUUGGUCAUGUUAGAAGC